AUGAAGAGACAGGACAAGAUGAAGGGACAGGACAAGAUGAAGAGACAGGACAAGAUUAAGGGACAGGACAAGAUGAAGGGACAGGACAAGAUGAAGGGACAGGACAAGAUGAAGGGACAGGACAAGAUAAAGAGACAGGACAAGAUGAAGAGACAGGACAAGAUGAAGAGAAAGGACAAUAUGAAGAGACAAGACAAGAUGAAGAGACAGGAAAAGAUGAAGAGACAGGACAAGAUGAAGAGACAGGACAAGAUUAAGGGACAGGACAAGAUGAAGGGACAGGACAAGAUGAAGGGACAGGACAAGAUGAAGGGACAGGACAAGAUGAAGGGACAGGACAAGAUAAAGAGACAGGACAUGAUGAAGAGACAGGACAAGAUGAAGAGACAGGACAAGAUGAAGAGACAGGACAAGAUGAAGAGACAAGACAAGAUGAAGAGACAGGAAAAGAUGAAGAGAUGGGACAGGACAAGAUGA